AUGGAGUCCACUCAAGGUGUCGUCGGACAACAAGGCAGGCAGCAGCAGCAGCAACAACAGGCACAGCCUGUAUACGAUAUCAGAAAUGGGGGUCAUUACGGUGCCAGUGCAGCGCUCUCGGCGCAGGGUUAUGCGCCAGUUCCUGAGCUGUAUACCGGUACCUGGGCCAAUGUAAACCAAGGCCUUCAAGGAACCGCCCGUGAUAUCCUGACAACCUACUGGCAACAUGUGAUCAGCCACCUGGAGAACGACAACCACGAUUACAAGAUCCACCAGCUGCCAUUGGCCCGCAUCAAGAAGGUGAUGAAGGCCGAUCCCGAGGUUAAAAUGAUCUCCGCCGAGGCACCCAUCCUAUUCGCAAAGGGUUGCGAUAUCUUCAUCACCGAGCUGACCAUGCGUGCCUGGAUCCACGCAGAAGACAACAAGCGCCGUACUCUGCAGCGCUCAGACAUUGCUGCCGCCCUAUCCAAGUCGGACAUGUUCGACUUCUUGAUUGACAUCGUUCCUCGUGAAGAGGCAACCUCCCACGCUAAGCGCUCCAGUCAGGCUGGUGCUACAGCCCCAGGUCCUUCCGCUGCCUCGGGUCAGAUGCAAACUGCUCCUCAUGGUGUGCAACCGCACCAGCACAUGGGCCCUGCGGACUACGGUGCCAUGGGCCAGCAUGGUAUGCCUCAAGAGCAGGAGUACCGCCAGCAGCCUGCUAUGUAUCCCGGUGCCGUUCAAUCAGACCCAACUGCGGCAUAUGGCCAGCCUCAGGCUCAAAUGUUUGAGGGGAUGUAUGCCUACCCCCAUCUUCCUCCACAACAGUGA